CCCCCUAAUUUCUUUCCAUCCAUAAUCCUCUACCUUCUGAUCGUUCAUCUCUGCAAAAAUGCCUGCAACUACAACCAACAACCCACCAAAACAGAGAAGCCUACUUCGCUUCAUCGCCAUUGUCAUCCUCACCCUAAUCAUCCUGGUGGGUGUAGCAGUACUCAUCACCUGGUUAAUCGUCAGACCCAAACGCCUGGUUUACACCAUUGAAGACCCAUCAAUCAAAGAUUACAAACUCAAUAACAACCAUCUGAAUGCCACCUUCGAGUUUUUCUUGAGAUCAUAUAAUCCCAACACCAGAGUCUCCGUCUACUACGACUCAAUCGAAGUCUCUAUUGCUUUUAAUGACCAGACGGUGGCGUUCAACACCAUCGACCCAUUUCGUCAGCCGCGCCGCAAUGUGACUCGGAUGGAGGCAAAGGUCGUGGCUGAGAACUUGGCGUUGGCUGCACCGACAGCUAGGGAUCUGAACCAUGACAAGGCGGUGGGGAAGGUGGAGUUGGAUGUGUAUGUGAAGGCGAGGAUUAGGGUUAAAGUGGGGAUUUGGAAAUCUCGUCAUCGAACACUCAGACUUGUUUGCUCGCCAGUGAUCGUUUUUUCUUCGUCAAAGAAUUUCGAGAGCAGAGAGUGUGACCAAAUUUGAUUAUAUGAGUUGGGAUUGAGUAGUUCAUGUGUUCUUUUUUCUUAAUUUUUUUAAUUUGCUUAUGUUGCAGAGUGGAUGACCCGUGAGUGUUCUAAUGUUUUGCCAUUUGCUUCUUCAGUGACUGAUUUUUUUUUUUUGUAUUUAUAUAAUAUGGUGUCCAAACUAAUAUUG